AUGGAUCUAUUGACUCAGGGGCAGAGGAUCGUCGCUAGGGAUUCAAGGCUUAUGUUAAUCAAUAGGGAGAUUAUUUCACAGGCUUAUUGGGACUCCAUGGCAGGAGAGAUUAAUGAGAAGUUACAGGAGUGCAGCCAGAUAUUCCUUGCGUACUCCUUGCUGCUUAUCCAACCUCUUAUUGAAGAUGCAAAGGCGAGGCAGUUGACAGACAAGGCUGUUAGGUGCUUGCUUGUGUGGCUCAAAGAUGCAAUCUAUGACGCUGAAGACAUUCUUGACGAGGCCAAGACGCAUGAACUACUCAUCCAGCGCAAAGCAGAGCUUUCUCGUCGCCCAAGAAGCAAGGUGCGUGAACUCUUUUCUCUUGAUUAUAACCCACUCUUGUUUAAACUUCAAUUGGGGAAGAAGCUCAGAAAUGUUAAUGAGAGAAUAAAUGAGCUCAAUAAGGAAAUGUACAAGUUCAAACUCAGGGUAGUUGAAAACAACAGCAAACCUUUGGGGAACAGGCCUCAAACCUACUCCUAUGUGCAUGAAUCACAAGUCGUUAUUGGAAGAGAUAAAGAUAAAGAGAAGUUGGUGCAGAUGCUGAUCCGUGAUAGUUUUGAUGAGAAAGUGGUUGUGGUUUCUGUAGUCGGUAUAUGGCAUGUUGGAAAGAUCAUACAUACAGCUUCUGGGAAAAAGUGUAACCAUACAAACAUGGAGGUGCUGCAACGGAGGCUGCGAAAAGAAUUGGGGCAGAAGAGAUAUUUGCUGGUAUUAGAUGAUGUAUGGAAUGAAGAUGUUAGUGCAACCACACUAUUAUUAGCAUAA